GGAAAUUGUCAGCUUCAGAUCUCAGACUGAACAUGAAUUUAAUUCUAAAUCCUUUGCAUUGAAUCAUCCCCAACUUCCACCAGUUUCCUGACAUUUUUCCCUCUCAUACUCAUUUUGCUGCUGCACUUUUCUCUUUUCAUUGUACAACUAGCACCCAAAAAAGGGAAGUCACUUUAUUACAAACCUCUUUCUUGCAUCUAACUUUUAUGAGAUGAGAUGCUCAGGUGAAAUCGCAGCCACCCUUUUCCUUUUAUGAUUUGUGAUUGAUUUGAUAGAGAGAGUGAUUCAACGAUGGAGAAGUAUUCAUGGAUUCCACUCUGUUUCUUGAUUCUCGCCACAUUCCCGUUUUCGAAUGCUCAAUUAGUCCCAACAGAGACCAGAAUCCUGUUCCAAAUCCAGCAGCUUCUAGAAUACCCACAAUCUCUACACACAUGGAACAACUGGACCAACUUCUGCUUCCUCCCUCCCACCCCAACCCUCACAAUCGUCUGCUCCGACAAUCACAUCACUGAGCUCACCAUUGUCGGAAACAGAACCUCCCCUUCCCACGUCCCCAACCUAUCCCCUUCAAACACCGCCGCCGCCUCUCACCACACUCUCUCCCCCAGAUUCUCCACCGAUUCCUUCUUCACCGUCUUGACAAAGCUCUCAAACCUCAAGAAACUCUCUCUAGUCUCACUAGGCCUGUGGGGCCCGCUUCCCCCCAAAGUCAACCGCUUCCGGUCUCUUGAAGCUCUCAACAUCAGCUCCAACUUCAUCUCCGGCGAACUGCCCACCUCUGUUUCGACUUAUCCGAGGUUGAAAAGCCUAGUCUUGAGUGAUAAUCUGCUCAAUGGGAGUGUUCCUGAUCUAGCUACUUUAUCCUCUCUUGAAGAGCUUGAUUUGAGAAACAACUAUUUUGGGCCUAAGUUUCCAUCACUAGGAAACAAUCUAGCAUUCAUCAAUCUUGCUAACAACUCUCUGAGAUCUGAAAUCCCUCAGGAUUUGAAGAAGUUGAGCAAGCUUCAAUAUCUCGAUGCUUCGUCUAAUAAGCUCGUUGGCCCGAUUCCUUCGUUUUUGUUUUCGUUGCCGUUGAUUGAGCACAUUGGUCUAUCCAAGAACCAGUUGAGUGGGGCAUUCCCACCCAAUGCUUCUUGCAGUGGUAAUCUUAGUUUUGUGGAUGUUUCGAGUAAUCUUUUGAUUGGGAGGUUGCCUUCUUGUCUUGCUGCCAACGUCCGGAACAGAACGGUUGUAAUAAUGUGGAACUGUCUGUCGAAUACGACGUCCAAGUAUCAGAGACCGUCUGCUUUCUGCCGGAAAGAUGCACUUGCAGUUAUGCCUAUUGUGAAGAGGAAGGAAGAAGAAGAAUCUACCUUGAAAUUAGGCAUUGUGCUUGGAGUAAUUGGUGCAAUUGUGGCGAUAUUGGGUGUUUUGGGGCUGUUGAUUAUUGUUAUUUACCGAAGGCUGCAGAUGAAAGGGCUUAAUGAAUUCAGAAGUGAGAGUUUUGUGAUGGAGAAAGGCUCUCCUUUGGGAAGGCAUGUUCCACAGCCGAUGAGGAUGACUUCGAUAGGGCUGCCCCCGUACCAUGUGUUCACACUCGAGGAUAUGGAGGAGGCGACGAACGAUUUCGAUCCAUCCAAUCUAGUGGGUGAAGGACAGCUAUACAAAGGAAGGCUGAGAGAUGGGUCUGUGGUGCUUGUGAAAUGCCUGAAGCUGAAACAGAAGCAUUCUCCUCAAGCUCUGCAGCACCACAUGGAGGUGAUAUCCAAGCUGAGGCACCGGCAUUUGGUGAGCGUGCUAGGCCACUGCAUCGUCCCUUACCACGACCAUCCCAGCUCCGCCACCACUGUCUUCAUCGUGCUUGAAAACAUGUCCAACGCCUCACUACGAGACCACCUCAUCGAUUGGAGAAAGAGAGAAGCGCUGAAAUGGCCACAGAGAAUGGGCAUCACGAUGGGCGUAGCGAGAGGUAUACAAUACCUGCACACGGGCGGGAUUGUUGGGAACGACAUCAAAAUCGACACCAUUCUGUUAGACGAGAGCCUCACUGCAAGAAUCAGUAGCUACAACAUAACCAUACCAUCUAAGGUGGGUGCGGAAAGCCCUCUGCACGGAUCAGAUGAGUCGAACACGAACACAGAAAGCAGCAGCCAAAAUCCAGAAAAGGAAGAUAUAUAUAGGCUGGGAGCUAUUCUUGUUGCAGUCAUCACCGGUAGACCUAUAGACUCUCAGAGUGAACUACAAGACCUUAAAUUUCAGUUGGAGAGGAGCUUGGCAGAGUCACCAUCGAAGCUACGAGACCUGAUCGAUCCGUCGAUGAGGGGAACCUUUGCAUAUGAAUCAUUAAAAACAGUGGUGCAGAUCACCGUAAACUGCUUGAGCAAAGACGCGAUGGCACGACCGACUGUGGAGGAUGUGCUGUGGCAUAUGCAGUAUUCUGUGCAGGUUCAAGAAGGAUGGACUAACAGUGGCAACCUUAGUGGCAAUCUUAGUGGAAACCUUACUAACAGAAUCUGAUUUAUGCCAAUCAUUGCUUUGAUGCUUGUCAUAAUCAGAUCUCAACUAGCAAAUUUGAUGAUCAAACUUUGUAAAAAUUUCUCUGUUUUUCCCAUCAUGAGUUCAUGACUAAAACUUAAAAUGCAAAAUUGAGGGGUAAAUUGUCACCUCUCUAUGUAUACUGCACAAUUAGCUUGCUGAGACUAUACUCAAUUCACAACUUCUGUAAGGGGGAAAUUUUAACUUAUUUCAUCUCAUUACUUGAA